GUAGUAUAGUUACUAAAUUAAAAUCGAUUUAACUUAUAAAAGUCGUUGCGCUGAGUGGUUGAGUGCUUUUUUACGUGUAACCAUAUUAUUUUAGAGGCAUUUGUGAUGACUUUGAUAAUCAAAGUGUCGGUAUCGUUGUAGAAUGAAUAGUUAUUUGACUAGCGCAGUGACAGGUUGUCAAUGUCAAUGUGUCAAAAAAGUGGGUGUAUGAUGGCUGCGUAAAGUGAUCCGGUAUCAUCGAAAAGUCCUGUAGCCACGAAACUGUGCAGUUGGCAAAGCCCCAAUGAUUCUAUUUCUGCGGUGGUAGGGUGCAGCAGAGAUCGGCACAAUGAUUGGAGGGUUGUUCGUAUACAACCACAAAGGUGAGGUGCUGAUCUCCCGAGUUUACAGGGAUGAUAUUGGCAGAAAUGCAGUCGAUGCGUUUCGUGUCAAUGUUAUACACGCCAGACAGCAAGUUCGGUCGCCUGUAACCAACAUAGCUCGCACGUCGUUCUUUCACAUUAAGAGAGCCAAUAUUUGGAUAGCGGCCGUCACCAAGCAAAAUGUGAACGCGGCGAUGGUGUUUGAGUUCCUGUUGAAGAUUAUUGAAGUCAUGCAGUCGUACUUCGGGAAAAUCUCUGAAGAAAACAUCAAGAACAACUUUGUCCUUAUUUAUGAGCUUUUAGAUGAAAUUUUGGACUUUGGCUACCCCCAAAACACCGACACCGGUGUUUUGAAAACCUUCAUCACUCAACAAGGGAUCAAAUCAGCCACUAAAGAAGAACAAGCUCAGAUUACCUCUCAGGUCACAGGACAGAUCGGUUGGAGGCGUGAAGGUAUCAAAUACCGCCGCAACGAACUAUUUUUAGACGUCUUGGAGUACGUCAACCUUCUCAUGUCUCCACAAGGUAGUCAAGUCCUAUCCGCUCACGUUGCCGGCAAGGUGGUGAUGAAAUCCUACCUAUCCGGAAUGCCAGAGUGCAAAUUCGGCAUUAACGAUAAAAUCGUCAUGGAAGCUAAAGGUAAGGGGGGCUUAGGGUCAACUUCCGAUUCAGAUCAGACCCGUUCCGGGAAACCCGUGGUGGUCAUCGACGAUUGCCAGUUCCAUCAGUGCGUCAAGCUUAGUAAAUUCGAAACUGAACAUUCCAUUAGUUUUAUUCCACCGGAUGGGGAAUUUGAGUUGAUGAGAUACCGUACGACGAAAGACAUAUCUUUGCCCUUCCGUGUCAUCCCGCUGGUACGCGAAGUCGGACGUACCAAGAUGGAAGUGAAAGUCGUACUGAAGAGCAAUUUCAAGCCGUCGCUGCUGGGUCAGAAGAUUGAAGUGAAGAUUCCGACUCCCUUGAACACUUCCGGUGUACAAUUGAUUUGUUUGAAGGGCAAAGCUAAGUAUAAAGCAUCUGAAAACGCCAUAGUUUGGAAGAUUAAGCGCAUGGCCGGGAUGAAGGAAACUCAAUUGUCUGCCGAAAUCGAGCUUUUGGAAACCGAUACGAAGAAAAAAUGGACACGUCCACCUAUUUCUAUGAAUUUUGAGGUACCUUUUGCACCAUCUGGGUUCAAAGUAAGAUAUUUAAAAGUGUUUGAACCUAAACUGAAUUACUCUGAUCACGAUGUUAUAAAAUGGGUAAGGUAUAUUGGGCGUAGCGGAUUGUAUGAAACCAGAUGCUAAAUUUAUUGAAAGUGUUACAAAUCUUCAUUUUAUUUUUCUUUACUUCAAUUAUCUCCAGUUAGCCAGUUUAGUGUGUAGUCUUGUUUUAUCAUGAUUUCGUCUUAUUCUUUUUUUUUCGAAUAGCGGAUGUUUUUAUUCUUUUUCCGUGAAGAAUACUCGUAAGUUAAAUGAAUCACGUUAAGACAGCUUGAUGUUGGGAUAGAAACGUGUAUCAAGUAAUUCAAGGUAUGCUCUCAAAUGUUUUUAUGUGAAUUUUCACUGUUAAUUUGUAGAAAAACUAUAACUAUGUAUAUUUGUGAAAUGUAAUGUUAAAAGCUUGGAAAUACAUUGUAGCUAAAAGUU